GCAAAGGAGAGUGGUCGUGUGUGGUGUAUCCGGGAUCCACCGUUAAAAUCCAUCCAGGCAGUACCGGGGAAGGUCGGUGUGUGUUUUAAACAAACGGUCGGUCAGUGCAGGUUCUUGCUUCAGUGCCUGCACACAUUCUUUACGAUCCAUUAGUGUGAGGAGCUGCCAAGAUUCAAGCUGCGGAGCCUCAAUGUGAACGGGACUUUCAUGUGAGUGAUGCGAUGCAGGUGAAAGCGCCCUGAACGCGCCCCUUAUCCAGCUCACGGUGGGAGCGAGACGGAGAGGAGAGGCUGCCUGCUGUGCUGCAGAGCUCAUAACCCACUGACCAACAAACACACACACUCGUCCACAACAAAGCUGCAGGCCACGUCUGUCUGGCUCGGUGGAAGCUCGCCGGGAGACUGAGAAGUGGAAGCCAAUGACCGGUGGGAGGAGAGAGGCAGAGUAAAGGCUUGAUUAAAAUGGGGCUGAAGAUCUUCAAACCUGCCGACUGUGUGUCUGAGUGCCGCUCACUCAGCCCACAGUCACACCAGACGUAAAACCUCCUCCACUAUGUGACUACGCCUCCUCGUCCUCUGCUGCAGCCAUGGAGCCUUGUAUUGCCAACCUCCCCCUGUCCCCGGACCCCCUGUCCUCAUAUCCCCGCUACAGACCAAACGUGCCUCACUACCCGGGCAUCCAAGGAACUCCCUUCCCGCUCAUGUCCAGGUGUAACAGUAGCACCCUGCUCACUAACCUGGGGUUGAGGUACUGCUCCAGCCGACAGGGCCCUUUAGGGUUUGGGUUGGGUCAGGGGAUGACCCCGAGCUCCUGCAUUCACACAGGAAGCAAUGGCAGCAGACCUUACAGGAGUAUGGAGAACCUGAAUUGGAACACUGUGGCAGAUUCUGGCCUGUGUGCAUUCAGUGCUGCCCCCUACAGGAGCGUAGACAGUGAGUAUAUUUUACACUAUACAUCCACCAGCCACUGGUAUGACGGACCGCCUGAUGGUUCUGUGGUGGGGGAUCAUGGACUUAUAGCAAACCCAGAUGGCAUGGCAUUCUACCCUCGACAUGGGUUACCCAGGAAGGACCUACCACUUUUCCCUCAGUUGCUGUUUCCAGGUGGCAUUGACGAAUUGGAUGCGAGGAAAGGCCUGAGGGAGAAACUCCGCCUCCAGAGUGCAAGGUCAGCAGUUGAGUCUCUGAAACCCCUCCCAAUGCGUCCCCAAGUGACCCCAAGUGCUGCACCUGUCGAAAAGGAUUGCAUGCAUCACGUAAGCUCAACAGGGGCUGGUCCCAGGCCGCUGUGUGUGUCACGCAUCACAAAUCCUGACGACAUCAAGCAGGAGGUGCUGAGACGCCUCCAGCUGCGGAGGCAGAACAGCAGCCCCAACCUCACUCUCCACAACUCCCCAUCGACACCAAAGAUGGUAAGGACGUCCUGCACAGUGGACAACAUCGCAGGGGACAAGAAUGGAUUAGAUUCUGCAUCCAAGUGCCGCAGACCUCCAGUGGGACGGCUACAUAUCCCUACAUUUGAGGAGUUUAAGAGGAUGAGACAGAAGGAUGAGGGGCACAGACAAGAGUCCACAGCGGGAUCUGUGGUACCUGGAAAACUUGAGGUCGACAUGCUGGAUGCACAAGCAUCAGACGGAGACGUGUCUCCUCCUUCUGAACACACUCUCCCUCAGUCAGGCUCCUGUACAGGAAACGAGAGAGAGCUGAGAGGAGACAAGAGCGCAGGUGAAAGGACAUGCAACAGUGAUGAACGCCUGCAGACUAAAAUCUCCUCGGAGAAACUUACUUUUAACACUGUGAACGGUAACGGCACUGAUCCCAACUCCUCCUCCAGCUCGGUCAACAGCACAUGUUCUCCCAUCCGCACUGGCCCAUCUCCACGUUCACCCCUGCAGCCACUGGGCAGCUCAGCCCAGGAGAGAGCACUCACCGCAGGGGGAGAUGAAGUGAGCAGCAGGCGUAGGAGGAGCAGUCUGGAAACAGCUGGGUCGGUUCCUUUCCCGCAUAACAGGGAAAAAUGGGAGCGACCCUCCAGUUGUUGCCCAGCGCUGCUUCUGGAGGGGACAGACCUGUCCAGCUAUGGAGCCAAGAUUUAUAAGAUGAAGGACGGCCUCAUUGGCUCCGCACUGGACCUCAUCAAGAAAAGCUGCAGUGCAGAGAUUUCCGCCGAGACCCCUGUCAGGCUGUCAUGUGACCGGCAUGGAAGCUGUGACAUCACCGCCCCCUCGACCGACUGUCAGCCCUCCGCCGUUGCCAUGGCAACGUCGGCAACGACCUGCGGAGCCGAGGCUGGCGAAGAGACGCCUGCAGGAGGAGCGGAAAGAGGAGAGGAAGCAGGAGAAUGCCAGCACAGCAGUCUGGGCUGCAGGCGCUCCAGCUCGGACGCGGCCUAUGAGCUGGCGGAGACGGUGAGGGCGCACCGCGAGUGUCGCCUCCGGCCCCAUUACAGCGACCCCAUGCCAGCCGACGCCUCCAAGCGCAAACAGCUGGAGAUGAAGAUCGCUGCUGCUGCCCGACACCAAGGCCAUCGACGAGACCGCGACAGAGACAGUGCUCCUGCAGCACUCCGCGGUCGCUCAGAGCCUCCUGGUGAGGAGCGCCAAGUGGGUCUGGGUGUGACUCGGUCCAGGCAGCACCGCUGGAGCACCAUCAGCAGUCUGAGUGCUGACAGCGGUGUGGUCGGUCUCAGUGAUGAGCGGGAGGAGGAAGACAGCGAGCCCCACCGUUACCGCAGAAACAGGGGAGCUGAGGUUGAGCGGGUGGACAGUGGCAUCGGGCCAGGUCUGUCCCGCACCUGGAAGAGACCGUCUGCGUCCCUCAGAGCCUGGGAGGCACAGAGACCUUGUCCAGACUGUGGACUGAGGGACGGCUCCUCCAAAGAGCGAGGAGAGCGGAUGUGUGAACGUUGCUCCAAACUGCGCACAGAGCGCAAGGAAGCCAUCCUGGAGUUUCUGAACACAGAGUCGAGCUAUGGCGAAGACCUGCGGAUCAUCAAAGAGGAAUUUUACUGUCCCAUGCAGAGCGCUGGGCUGCUGACCGCCGAGCAGCUCACUGUGGUGUUUGGUAACGUCCAGGAGCUCAUAGACGUCAACGACCGCUUCACUGAUCAUCUGCAGGACACCAUCGACCACGCCUUUGACCAGGGAGAUGAGGAUCUGCUGACAGUGUACAUAGGAGAGAUCUUUCUGGAGUUUGUCAACAUGCUCCCAGCCUUCCAAACAUACUGCCUGCAGCAGUCCACCUCGGUCAACAUGCUCAACACGCUGGAGAAGGAGAAAGAACUGCUCAGAAUCUUCCUUGAUGUCUCCCAGAAUGACAACACAGCCUUGCGUCGUAUGAACUUGCGCUCCUUCCUCAUGGCACCCCUCCAGCGCGUGACCAAAUACCCACUUUUAUUGAGCCGCAUCAGUAAGGUCACCCCCGAAUGUCACCCCGACUAUUCUCGUCUGCGUGAGGCCAAGAGUCGGGUGGAGUCCCACUUGGAGCACAUCAACAUGAAGACUAAGCAGGAGGGCAACGGCGUCAGCUGGUCCCUCCGUUCCUUCCGCCGCGACAGUCGCAAGAACCGGGAGGUGAUCAACAUUGAGAUGCGAGAGCUGUCGAUGAAGACGGUGGGCUGGGCCAGAGAAUGCACCCGUUUCGUCAUGGAGGGACCACUCCAACUGUCGCAGCCAGCAGAUGGUCAGUGGGUGAGGAAGGGAAGCAAGGCCCUCAAGUUCCAAAAUGUUCAGAGUCUGCUGAUGGUGAGCACUCAGCGGAUGGGUGAAGCCCCAGGACAGGGCACUGAUGUAGGUGCACGUGGAGAUCAGGGGGAGGGUGGUGGUGGUGGUGGUGGCGAAAGCGUCCGAGACGGAGUGCUGAUUCUAAUCAAGGACAAAAGCAGCGGGAAGUUCACAGUGCUGAGAGAGCCCAUCCGUCUGGGCAACUGUGUGGUGUCAACGGAUCCUGACUGCGAGGACACGUUUGAGGUGCUCGAUAUUCGACGGGAGUCAUUUGUUUUUCGCGCCUCAGACAAAUCGCGCACGCAGCAGUGGUUCCAUCAGUUAAAGAGGUAUACGCGAGAUUUGGGCACAUGGAGGAAAAGACGCAACGCUUUGCCGAACAUAAUGAUUAACACAAGCCAGACCCGCUCCUGAGACCAACCAUCCGUCGCCUUUGUCACACUGUACAUACUUAACUCCUCCUUCUGCAAAAUCUGACAAGAAAAGUUUGAGUGACACCACUGUUAUAAAGAAAAACAAAAAAAACCCCAUCUCUUCUCAAAGUCUAAGAGGAAGAUUACAGCACUUUUUUUUUUUUACAAAGCUAUAAGUGCUAUGAGCUACUGUCAUGAGGAUUUAAUUUAAAGCUGAAAAAAAUGUCAGUCUUGGACAACCAAAAAACUUGGGCUGUUGGUCAGCCUUGAUUGUAAAGAGUGUUUGCUCUUGGAGAAAAAAGAGCUGAGGUGUGAGCUGUUGAAUGGCAUGACUGAACAUGACUGACUGCAAGAAGAAAAAUUGUAAUGUCACCUUUUUAUACAAGACAGUAC